AUGAAAAAAAUUAUGAGUGCAAUGUUGCUUGCCCAUUCAUUUAGUAAAAUAAGUAAUUUUGAUAACGUGAUAAUUGAUUCAUACAAAGGAUGUCAUAUGUAAAUAAGCAAAUCAUAUCAGAAAGAGCAAUCUAUAAUAAUACAUAAACAAUCCAACAUUGUUUAAAUAACAUCUAAUCGAUUUAAUAGAAAGGAGUAAAUCUAAUAAUAACACAGCAAUUUGGAUUGACCUAUAAAAGGAUUAAUUGCGUUUAGCUCCUGUAUAAAAUAAUCUAUAUGUAGACCUUAAUUGAAUAAGGAUUUAAGAUGCAUAGAGUGAGUGAAAAUAUAUUAUAAUUUUCAAAAUGGCUUCCAGAUUGUGAAAGCAGAUUGCCAAGUUAAGCAACUCAUUAUGUUGGUGUUGGUGGGAUAGUUGUUAAGGAUAAUUGUGUAUUACUUGUAUAAGAAAAGAAUGGGUAAAGAAAAGGAGCUUGGGGAACUCCAGGGGGGUUAGUAGAUAAAAAGGAAUCAAUAAUAUAAGCAGUUUUAAGAGAAGUGAAGGAGGAAACAAAUUUAGAUGUAAUAAUUAAUAUAUAUAUAUAUAAUAAUAGUGUAAAGUGGAGGAUGUAUUAUAUUUUAGAGAGAUGCAUGAUGCUAGAUUUGGAAAGACUGAUUUAUACUUUGCAUUUAAAUUGAAAUGUUUAGAUGAAUAAUAGAUAAAGAUAUGUGAAUAAGAGUUGAUGGAUUAUAGAUGGGUGCCAAUUAAUGAGAUAUUAGAUGUAAUUUUGUAGUGUAUGAUUAUUUAGUUUAUGAGGAAGGAGAAUUAAAAACCACAUGUGAUUAACUUCUAUAAAUCUGUUUAGGAGAGACUUGUAGGAGAUGAUUGCAAAUAUAUGAAUAUAGAAGAAAGGGAGGAAAUGUAUUAUGGUUAAAUGAAAAAUUAUAUUAUUUUCAAACCUAGAUUUUGA